AUGUACCUGUCUAAAACUUUAUUAAUAUUCCUUAUUGGCAUAACAUUUAAUGAUGCUGCAAGAAUUCUGGGUAUAUUUCCUACUCCGGCCAUCAGUCAUCAAGGUGCAUUUCGACCCAUCAUACAUGAACUUGCAAGACGUGGACACCAAGUUACAGUUCUUACUACGGAUCCAGCGUUUCCUAAAGACAAACCACUCCCAAACUUAACAGAAAUCGACGUCCAUGAACUGUCGUAUGCUAAUAAAGAUGAAUGGCUUGAGAAAUCUGAAAACUCAAAAGAAGGUUUCUUCAAAGAGCUUAAGAACAUAUUUGAAAGAAUAACUGUUUUGGUAGAAAUGCAGAUUCAAGUACCCGAAUUCAAGGAGUUGUAUAAGCAGAAGUUUGAUUUGUUGUUGGUUGAAUCAUUCGUUCGUCCACUGUUGGGAUUUAGUCACGUGUUUAAAGUACCAGUUAUCCAAGUCAGCUCUUUGGGAGCUGGACCUUCUGUUUAUAGUUCCUUUGGAGCACCAUCUCAUCCACUUUUAUACCAUUCAAUGGUUUCUCAGAAGCUCUAUAACCUUACGCUCUUCGAAAAAGCACAAGAGCUGUUAAAGAAUUAUUUUGUGGAAUACAUAGUUGCACAAACCGAGGAGCUUGAUUAUGAAAUGAUGAGACGAAAUUUUGGUGAAGAUGUGCCAAAUUUCGAGGAGCUACAGAAAAAUGUACAGCUAUUAAUGUUGAAUGAACAUCCCAUUUGGGCGAAUAAUCGUCCAGUACCACCAAACAUAAUAUUUGUUGGAGGUAUUCAUCAACCAAAGGAUCAGGAGUUUUCAAAGGAGCUAAAACAAAUCUUGGAUUCGUCAAUAAAUGGUGUUAUCUAUGUCAGUUUUGGUACAAGUGUAAAGGCCUCCGUGCUUCCGCCAGAAAGAAUUGAGGCCAUGACAAAAGUGCUGUCUCACUUACCUUAUGAUGUUCUAUGGAAGUGGGACAAGGAUGACAUACCUGGAAAAGGAAAAAAUAUUAAACUUUACAAAUGGUUCCCACAGCCUUCUCUUCUUAAACAUCCAAAAAUCAAGCUUUUUAUCACCCAAGGAGGUUUACAAUCGACCGACGAAGCGAUUAAUGCAGCUGUACCUGUUCUGGGGAUACCGAUGCUUGGUGAUCAGUGGUACAACGUGGAGAAAUAUGUACAUCACAAAAUUGGCCUUCAGCUUGACAUUUAUCAGCUGACAGAGGACAAUUUUAGGAAUGCAGUCGAAAGACUUAUUGGGGAUAAGAGUUACAAAGAGAACAUAUUAAAAUUACGUUCUCUUAUGAGAGAGCAUCCCGUAGGACCCUUGGAACUCGCCAUGUGGUGGAUUGAGCAUAUACUUAAGUAUGGUGGAAGUCAUUUAAAAUCACCAGCCACUGGCAUGUCACUAAUGGAAUACUACGAAGUACCACUGCUAUUAGCCGUAACUGCUAUUUUAAUCGCUGCUAUAACUGUGAUACUAUUAAUUUCUACUUUCAUUUGGAGGAUGGUUAAAUGUUUUUUUAAAUCUAGAGUAACGAAGAAAAAAAUUAAAGUAAACUGA